AUGGGUUCGAAUUCGGGCCCUGCCUCUGACGGCUUUAGUGUGACCUUGGCGAGCCACUCCCCCUCCUCAGGCCUCAGUUUCUUCAGCUGUAAAGCCAUCCAACUUUCCUGGUCCUGUGACCCUCACAUUAAAGAACAGAGGUCAGAACUUGUGGUAAUGACUCAAGAGGCAUCUAAAGACAAAGAUUUUCCUCUGAGUUCUUGUUCAGGUGACAGCAGCCUCAUGGUGAAGAUCAAGUGGGAGAAGCAGGAAUGGCUCUCCCAGACUUUGGAGGUCCCCUCCAUUCUGCCAGAGAAAGACAAGGAAAACAUCUUCCAGCAUCCUCUGAGUCAUCCACUUCGCCAGGCUUUGGGGAAGGCUCGAAUCCCAGGAGGGUGGGAAGAGGCCCAAGGCCCAGGGCGGAUCCCCUCCACUCAGUGGAUGGUGGGGUCCACAGCAGUCCCAGCACCUCUUGGCCCACAGCUUCCGGGAGGUGAGGGACACUUUGCAUGCCCGGACUGUGGGAAGAGGUUUAGUUGGUGGUCAUCCCUGAAUAUCCACCAGCGCACUCACACAGGAGAGAAGCCUUAUCACUGCGGCAAGUGUGGCAAGAGCUUCAGCCAGAAGCCGAACCUGGUCAGGCACCAGAGGCACCACACGGGCGAGCGACCCUUCCACUGCUCUGAGUGCGAGAGGCGCUUCAGCCAGAAGCAGCACCUGCUCAAACACCAGAAGACUCAUUCUCGUCCUGCCAUCCACCCUUGUCCUGAAUGUGAGCGACGUUUCCGCCACAAAGUUGCCCUCCGUGUCCACCAGCGGACCCACACUCGUGACCGCCAGCUGGCCCGGGCUGAGCUCCAGAAGCUCCUUAAAGACAAGGUGACCCGGAAGACCCGCCGACCCUCCUCGGCUUCCCGAGAAUUGCCGGGCUGCCCCUGGGUAGAGGCCGGCAGAGGGUGGAAGGCCGGGCCAGCCCCCAAGGCCCGGGCCUCUGCCGCUGGCUCAGGGGAGCAGCGCCAGUUCAUUUGUAACGAGUGCGGGAAGAGCUUCACGUGGUGGUCCUCGCUGAACAUUCACCAGCGGAUCCAUACAGGGGAGCAGCCCUAUGCCUGUCCAGAGUGCGGGCGGCGCUUCAGCCAGAAGCCCAAUCUGACCCGCCACCUUCGGAACCACACGGGCGAGCGGCCCCACCUGUGCCCCGACUGUGGCCGCGGCUUCCGGCAGAAGCAGCAUCUGCUCAAGCACCAGCGCACGCACCGAGCGGGGGACAAGGCUUCCCUAUGCCCGGGCUGCGGGGAGAGCUGCCCCAGCCGGGCGGCCCUGCGGGCUCACCAGAGGGCCCACGCCGCGGCCCAGCUGCUCCACGGGGCGGCCCUCCGGGGCCGGAUGGUGGUGGCGGUGGCUGGCGUGGAAGCAGGGUCGGGGCUCGUGCCGCCCGCAGAGUAUGCCCUGGGCUUCCCCCUGCAGCCGCCCCCGGUGUCGCAGGUCCUGCAGGGGGACGACGCUGUCUCGCUGGGCAGGGAGCCACGCUGGGGCCGAGGCCCGGUGGGCAUGGCCCAGGUGGCCGGAGGGGUGCCCGCAUCUGGCCCUGCGGAGCAGCGGCAGUUCAUCUGCAAUGAAUGUGGGAAGAGCUUCACCUGGUGGUCGGCACUCACCAUCCACCAGCGGAUUCACACGGGCGAGCGGCCCUACCCUUGCCCGGAUUGUGGCCGUUGCUUCAGCCAAAAGCCCAACUUGACUCGGCACCAGCGGAACCACACGGGCGAGCGGCCCUACCUGUGUGCUGACUGUGGCAAGGGCUUCAGCCAGAAGCAGCACCUGCUUAAACACCAUCGUGUCCACAGAGGUGGCGGCCACGUAGUUCUUGCCGCUGCGCACAGUAUCAAGAAGGAGCCUUAA